AUGCGUGUGGUGAGUACUUCACUCAGAUACUUUCCAGCUCACACCCAUCCGCUCACCUCAUGUUUGUCUAUGCUGCUCAUCACUCUAGUUGAGAUCGCGCGUUGGCCGACUCGCUGGCAUCCGAGCUUCGCCCCACACCGCUCUGUGACUUGUACGACCAUACUCUGCGAUCACAAUGCGCAACGCACAUCAGCACCAUCGAAGAGAUGA